CAAUUGAAAAGAAUUUAGAACUGUGGAAACAAAUGGUUUUAGGUACAGAAAUCGGUCAAAAGUGUUGUGUUCGAGCAAAAAUUGAUAUGCAAUCAGCAAAUGGAUGUUUACGGGAUCCUACAAUAUAUCGUUGCAAACCUGAAYCCCAUCCUAGAACUAGUGAUAAAUAUAAGGUAUAUCCAACUUAUGACUUUGCUUGUCCUAUUGUGGAUAGUCUUGAAGGUGUCACUCAUUGUUUGCGUACUACAGAGUAUACUGAUCGUGAUGCACAAUAUUAUUGGUUUUGUGAUGCAUUAAAACUUGGUACUCGGGGCAAUGAAACCAGACCUUAUGUGUGGUCAUAUUCAAGAUUAAAUAUGACUAAUACUGUUCUGUCGAAAAGAAAGUUGACUUGGUUUGUUGAACAAGGCUAUGUAGACGGGUG